CAGACUUCGCACGCAUUCCCCAUUCUUCGAGCUCCACAGCCAUGGUCUCCCAGUCCCAACAGCCACCCUCGCCGCCGCCGCCGCCGCCCGAGCCGACCAGCAUUAGCUCUUUGACCGACGACCUCCUCCGUGAGAUCUUCCUCCGCCUACCGGACCUCCCGACCCUUGUCCGCGCGGCCUUCACCUGCCGCCCCUUCCUCUGCCUGGUCCGCUGCUCCCCGGCCUUCCGCCGCCGCUUCCGCGAGCUCCACGCGCCGCCUCUCCUCGCCCUCUUUCUCACACCCUACAUGGACGCCGUCAUCCCUUCCGCCAGCCGCAGCCCCGACCCGGACACCACUGCCGCCUUCGCCGAUUUACUCGGAGACGACGACGCCACCGAGUGGGGGACAGAUUCCCAAAUUCCCUACUACGACGGGUACGUCGCCUUCGUCAACCCGAGCACCGAUCAGACUGCCUCCUACAGCCCACUGAAUAUUGGAGCGCCGGCGCAGGCCCUGGAUAUCUACCCCAAGACGCCCCGCGAAGGCAUCGACGCCUGGCUCGAGUUCUACACGCUCCCUCCGGACCAAGAGGGCCAGAGGCCAUCCCGUGUGGUCUGUGUCCGUCACGAUCGCUCAUGGGCGCGCGCGCGUGUGGCCGUCUUCUCAUCUCACGCCAUGAAGUGGCAGAUCUUCCCAGAGUCCAGGGGGUUGCUGCUUGAGCGCGACAGGCGCACGAUUCGUAAGCUUGUCGAUGGGUUCGUCUGCUGGUUACAGAGUGAAAACUGCAUUCUCGCUCUCAACACUGUCACCUUUCAGUUCUCUCGAAUGAAUCUGCCACCGCCCUUGAGAGGGCCAUACACAUACAUGUAUCGUACACCGCGCUUUGAGCUUGGUCAGACCAAGGAUGGGAAACUCUGUAUCGUGCAUGUGCAGGAAUUCACGCUUUCUGUUUGGCUCUGGACACCCGACGAUGACGGCGUCGAGAGAUUUAUGCUGCACAAGAUGUUUCAGUUGCACACAAUUGUUAAGGAGAUCACUAAGCGUUCAGUCCUGGACAAUGUUGACGCUGGAGGGCAUAUGAACGUUACUGAUGGAUUUGUGUACCUGUCUGUUGUCUAUGACAAGGGUAAGCAAUCUUCUAAGUGGUUCCUAUCCUUCUGCCUGGAAACAGCAGAGGUGAAGUUGCUCUUUGAGAAAACAUGCAGUAUUUACUGCCCUGUUGAUCCAUACAUCAUGGCCUGGCCUCCUUCUUUGAUGCACGACAAGGGGGAUUCAGAAACUGAAGUUGCCAGGGACACUGUUGGAGAUGAUGGUCCUGUGGGCACGGAAGAAGCUUCCCCUGUCCUCUUCACGGCAUUGCAGUUAUUCAAAGAAGCUUUGAUUGAUGAUGACAACGCAAAAUUUGUGGAGAUGGACGCUUUCUUACUUGAUGAUGAGAUUAGCUCCCUUUUGAACAAAAUCUCUACUUUAGAAGCAGGAUUAGCAGCUGGGAGAGACUGUGUGCUGAGAAGAGGUGCUCAUUCCAAUAUCAACGUGGAAGGGAUGGAAAGGAGGAGUUGGUGGGAAAUGUGCAAGGGGAUGUUGGGGAGAGUUUCUUCCCACUUCUUUGCCAAUUGAUCUUGGUGCCUUUCUUCUCACAAGUUAAGCGUCAGUUGAAAUGCAUUGGUAGUUUAGUUUUCGGAUCGUGCGAACGCAUUAUGUGCUAGUUGACUACUAUGUCUAACAAAGUGUAGCAUCAUCAGUACCUCCUCUAUCUAGUUUGCAAGAGACUUGUAUGUUUAACAUGCAGAGAUUGACCAUUCAGUGUCACCAUCAAUGUAAGUCAUGAGCCUCAUCCUAGUGGUUGUCAUCCUUGGUUCUGAAUCAUUGUAUGAG